AUGCGGGUGUCGCUCGCGCGUUUCUCGCCGGCCCGCCUGCCGUCGGGCGUGGCGAGGGCGCUGCUGGGGGCGGCGUGGGUGGCGGGAUGGGCGGGGCUGUGCGCGAGGGUAGUGUGGUUCGCGCACUCGCAGGCCGCCAAUCCGCGGCAGGAGGCGAUGCGAGCGUGGUGUCGCACGCGCGUGCGAUACCUCCAGCAGGACAUGCGAUCGUCCAUCGCUCGCGCGCAGCGGGGAGUAGCACUGAUGCGCGCAGGUAACGCCCAUCGGAGUGUGCGCGCAGGUAAGCCCUUUCCCGUAGGUGAGGUCGUCACGAUCUUUGCGGCUGUCCCAUCUCUUCCCACCCAUCUCUCACCCAUCUCUUCCCACCCAUCUCUCACCCAUCUCUUCCCACCCAUCUCUCACCCAUCUCUUCCCACCCAUCUCUCACCCAUCUCUUCCCACCCAUCUCUCACCCAUCUCUUCCCACCCAUCUCUCACCCAUCUCUUCCCACCCAUCUCUCACCCAUCUCUUCCCACCCAUCUCUCACCCAUCUCUUCCCACCCAUCUCUCACCCAUCUCUUCCCACCCAUCUCUCACCCAUCUCUUCCCACCCAUCUCUCACCCAUCUCUUCCUUCCCACCCAUCUCUCACCCAUCUCUUCCCACCCAUCUCUCACCCAUCUCUUCCCACCCAUCUCUCACCCAUCUCUUCCCACCCAUCUCUUCCCACCCAUCUCUUCCCACCCAUCUCCAUCUCUUCCCACCCAUCUCUUCCCGCCCAUCUCCAUCUCUUCCCACCCAUCUCUCACCCAUCUCUUCCCACCCAUCCCCUCCCACCCAUCUCCCACCCAUCUCUUCUCACCCAUCUCUUCCCACCCAUCUCCAUCUCUUCCCACCCAUCUCCAUCUCUUCCCACCCAUCUCUUCCCACCCAUCUCUUCCCACUUUCCAUCUCCCCUCUUUCCAUCACCCCUCUUUCCAUCACCCCUCUUUCCAUCACCCCUCUUUCCAUCUCCCCUCUUUCCAUCACCCACUUAACCCCAUUGGGCUCACGCCACAGGAGUCAGUCGGUUGGGUGACGGUCUUCGGGCACUUUGGCCUGCGCAGCAGCAGCAACCUGAGCUACUUUCCGCCUCCCUCUUUCCGCCUCCCUCUUUCCGCCUCCCUCUUUCCGCCUCCCUCUUUCCGCUUCCCUCUUUCCGCCCUUCCCCUCUUUCCGCCUCCCUCUUUCCGCCUCCCUCUUUCCGCCUCCCUCUUUCCGCCUCCCUCUUUCCGCUUCCCUCUUUCCGCCUCCCUCUUUCCGCCUCCCUCUUUCCGCCUCCCUCUUUCCGCCUCCCUCUUUCCGCCUCCCUCUUUCCGCCUCCCUCUUUCCGCCUCCCUCUUUCCGCCUCCCUCUUUCCGCCUCCCUCUUUCCGCCUCCCUCUUUCCGCUUCCCUCUUUCCGCCUCCCUCUUUCCGCCUCCCUCUUUCCGCCUCCCUCUUUCCGCCUCCCUCUUUCUGCCUCCCUCUUUCCGCCUCCCUCUUUUCAUCUCCCCUGUUCCAUCUCCUGCCCCCCCCUUGCUCCUCCCAUCUCACUCCACAGGAGAUCUAUGGGCGUCGUGAGGAUGAUCGCUCGCGGCGCGAACGCUCCCGUGAGCGCGGGCGUUCGUUGGAGAGGUCACCGCGGAGGCCUGAGCGCUCGCCGCGGAGGCCAGCCUUCCGCGCAGAUCUGGUCCCUCUCGCACCAGAUCGCCGAGGAGAAGGUGCAGAGCGAGAAGGAAGAGGCGGAUCCGAGUCCGUCAGGAUGGGAAGUGACCCGUGGCGGACGGACGCGCGCCACGGAGCUGGUGGCGAUCGUGGAUAUCGUCAGGACACGGGAGCGUAUCGCUCGCCGGACGAAGGUUACCGCCGUCGCGAAGAGCGGAGUCGCGGGCGUGGCCUGGAGGAAUUAUUCUCUGGUCGCCAGGGAGACCUCGAUGUUGACGGAGAGGACGAGGCCGACACGGCGAAUAAGGCGCAGGAGACGGAUCCUGAAGGCGAGGCGAAGGGCGAUGACGAAGCCCAGGAGGAAGGCGCAGGCGGGCAGCGCAAUAUGCCCACUGGAGUCAAGGAGGCCGAUCCGACGCAGGCGGGCGUGGCGGCAGAGCCAAGCGCAGCGAAAGCGGAUGGGAAGAAUGGUGGUCGGAACCAAUCGCGUGGCGAAGAGAAGAAGGACGGCGGGAGGCGUAGCAGUGGCUCGCGCCCGCCGAAUCCGCGUCAGCACCGUGACGAGAAACGCGGAGGCGAGGUGUGCGUGUCCGAUCUGCAGCAGCACCGUGACGUGGGGCGCGGCGACGGCGCGCGCUCACCAGGCCAGCGACGGCAUCGCGAUGGGAGGCACGCUGGCGGCGCGCGCUCGCCAGAUCCGCGGCUGCAGCGUGACGAGAGGCGCGAAGGCGGCUAUCGCUCGCCUGAUCCGCGGCCGCCGCAUGACGAGAGGCGCGGAGGCGGUUACCGCUCGCCAGUUCCGCGGCAGCGCCGUGACGGAGAACGCGGAGGUAGUGCGCACUCGCCAGAUCCGCGGAGGUAUCACGGCAGGAGGAGCGAAGGGGACUCGCGCUCACCAGAUCCGCAUCACUAUCAUGAUGGGGGACGCGGAGAUGGGUAUCGCUCGCCUGACACGCAACGGUAUCAUGGAGGGAGGUGGGGAGGCGAGGCGCGCUCGACGGAUUGGCGUCAGCGACACGAGGAGAGCCGAGGAGACAGAUAUCGCUCGCCGCCGCGGCAGCGAAGCAGGGAUGGAAGGCAGGGCGGUGGGUCUCGCUCGCCUGGGCGAUACAGGCAGUGUGACGAAAGACAUGCCGGAGAAGGAGGACAGGAUCAACGCAGCAGCAGAGGGGGAGGCAGCGGGCUGA